AUGCCCCAAAAUUCAUUUAUUAUUGCUACCAAGACAGUCAGUGCAGAAGUGUAUGUCUUUGAUUAUAGCAAGCACCCAUCAAAGCCUCCACUAGAUGGUGCGUGCAAUCCUGAUUUACGGCUGAAGGGACACAACUCUGAAGGAUAUGGCCUGUCCUGGAGUAUCUUUAAAGAGGGUCAUUUGCUGAGUGGAUCGGAUGAUGCUCAAAUUUGCUUAUGGGACAUCACAGCAAAUGGUAAAAAUAAAACUCUCGACGCAUACCAGAUUUUUAAGCUGUUGGUACCACAUGGCAUGGUCCAUAGUCAGUUAAGCAUCUUUCAUGAUGGCGUUGUCGAAGAUGUUGCUUGGCAUUUGAGGCAUGAAUACUUAUUCGGCUCAGUUGGUGAUGAUCAUCAUCUCCUAAUUUGGGAUAUGCGUACUCCUGCACCUACCAAGCCUGUACAGUCUGUGGUGGCACACCAGGGCGAGGUGAAUUGCCUGGCUUUCAAUCCUUUCAAUGAAUGGGUUGUUGCAACUGGUUCAACCGACAAGACUGUCAAAUUAUUUGAUCUUCGGAAGAUUGAUACUUCGCUGCACACUUUUGACUGUCACAAAGAGGAAGUAUUUCAAGUUGGAUGGAGCCCAAAGAAUGAAACUAUACUUGCAUCUUGUUGCCUGGGAAGGAGACUGAUGGUUUGGGAUCUAAGCAGAAUUGAUCAGGAGCAAACACCGGAGGAUGCGGAGGACGGCCCUCCUGAGCUCUUGUUCAUUCAUGGAGGCCACACAAGCAAAAUCUCAGACUUCUCCUGGAACCCAUGUGAGGACUGGGUGCUUGCAAGCGUUGCUGAAGACAACAUCCUUCAGAUAUGGCAGAUGGCGGAGAACAUCUACCAUGAUGAGGAUGAUCUUCCCAGCGAUGAGCCGGCAAAGGCCUCAUGA